AGUGCGAUCAUGUUGAAAUCUACAGCUUUGAAGUUACAAAGAGUAAAAUAUACUACGACAGUAGCGCCAUUAAGUGACAGCGCUAAGCGCGAAUUAAUCACACUUUUCAAUCAAUCACAGAACUUUUUGAAUAGCGCUGAAAUACCAAACAAGAUUGAUAGUACACUAACAAACUCAAACCCUGGUUUACCACAUCACCUUACAACUGUAAAGUUUGAGAAAUCUGACAGCAGCUCAAAUAGCAAGCCAUUAUUGAGGUCUAGUAGGCUACACUUCAAUGAGGACAUCUACAGAUCUGGAUUUGACGAAUUUGGAGAUAGAAUACAAUGGCCUAGCCCAGGUGUACACAACUUAUCUGAUAGGGAGAGAAGUCUUAGAGACACAUUAUUCGGUACAGACAGCGACGGUGCACCAGGAUUAGAAAUCGUUGAGGAAGCUGAAGGCCAACUGAAGAACACCAAAUAGAAAUAUAUUCCUGUAUUGUAAUUUUAUUCUUUCUUCCUGACUUCG